ACCUGUUUAGAAAAAAAAACACGAAUGUACGGUUCGCUCUCUCAAUCUGUCUCACCCUCACAGCCUCACUUCGCCGUCGUCUCUGUUCGUCACCGUGCCUCCGGCGUCGGGUCUCCGUGCGCGGCGAUCCUCCACUCCACUGCUCCUCCAGUCUUCCAGCCCACGGGUUCUCCACGCGUAAUGUUGCAAAGUUGGAAAUUUGGUGAAGCUGGAAUUCUGGAUAUUUGGGCGUUCUUGUUUCUGUUGUUGGCUUGGUCAGAUUGUUCUCGAAAGGACUUAAGUAGAGCCGCUAGCAUCUGUUGGAUUAAAGCAACCAUUUUCUUGCUCAAAUGCAUCACCAGAACGCCCACACUUAGUUGGUUGGUCCCAAAAAAAUGUCAAGUCAGGAUGCAUUAGAUGAACCUCAACCUGAGAUUUCAGACACUAAUUUGCAAGAGUCUGAAAGUGGCAUCAAUCAGUUGGAAUAUAAUGGUAUUAGAUAUGAUAAGUUGGCUCCAGAAGACAUUAUAGGCGUGAAGUUUGUAACUGUUGAGGCAGCAGAGACUUUUUACUAUACUUAUGCAAAAGCAAUGGGUUUUGAUGUUAGAAAGGAUGACAAGAGAACAAGUGCAAGGACUGGGAGAGUCACUAUCCGCAAAUGGGUUUGUUCUGCAGAGGGGGAAAGACUAGAGAAAUAUAUGGACAACAAUAAUAAUGUCCGUAUGCCAAAGAAAUUGACAAGGUGUCACUGCCCAUGUUUGUUCAAGGUAAGGUACUUCAAGGAGAAGAACUCGUAUGUCGUAGUUGAUUUCAAAACAGAUCAUUCACAUGAUCUUGCACAGCCACAGGAGUCUCAUUUUCUUAGGUCACAUCGGUCUGUCCCAGAUUCUCAUUUAGCUUUAGCCACAUCUAUGCGGAGAGUAUCCAUUAAGACUUGUCAUGCAUAUCAAUACAUGGCUGACAUAUCUGGAGGGUUUGCGAAUGUUGGUUUCAAAAUGAAAGACUUGUACAAUAAAUUGGACUCGAGUCAACAUGAAAUUGUACUUGAAGGGGAUGCAAAAGCUACACUUGCCUAUCUUGAAGGAAAAGCAGCUGAAGAUAAGAAAUUAUUUUGCAAGUAUAGCACAUAUGAGAGUAACAGGUUGGCCAACUUAUUUUGGAGAGACUCAACUUCAUUGCUAGAUUAUUGUUGUUUUGGGGAUGUUUUGGUAUUUGAUAGCACCUAUAAGACUAAUCACUAUGGGAAGCCCUUGGUAUUGUUCGUGGGAUCAAACAACCAUCUAUUGACUACAAUUUUUGGUUUUGCAUUAUUGGUAGAUGAAACAGUUGAGACAUACACAUGGGUUUUGCAGAUGUUCUUAGAGUCUAUGGAGGGCAAAAAACCUCUGGGCAUUUUGACCGACGGUGAUGAAGCAAUGAGAAAGGCUAUUGAACUAGUGGUUCCAGGUUGUCCACAUCGUUUAUGUACAUGGCAUAUUUCUAAAAAUGCUCAGAAAAAAUUACACAACCCUGAAACAGUUGCAGAGUUCAGACGUUGCAUGUUUGAUGAAACAACUCCUUGUGGUUUUGAGCAACGAUGGAGAGCUAUGGUGGAAAAAUAUGGUCUUCAUAAUAGAAAUUGGGUGAAGAUGAUGUAUGAUAAACGAGAGAAAUGGGCUGAAGCAUUUGUGAGUGGACAUUUUUUCGCUCGCAUGCGUAGCACGCAGCGAUGUGAACGCAUGAAUAGGUAUGUGAAGGAUAGUCUCAGCUUCAGUGGAGUGAAAUUGAUUGAACUCAUUCCGCAGCUUGAUAAAGCAUUGGAACGACUUAGAAAUAAAGUAGCUGAAGAAGAUUUUCGAUCGAAUAACUCCGCUCAUGCACUUUCUACCCAACUCAGACAGUUAGAGAAGCAUGCCUCUACCAUUUAUACGGAUAAUGUGUUUCAACUAAUAUGUGUGGAGAUAGAUCGAGUUGGAGGACUGAUAACUUCAAGGAUUAUGCAUCUGAAUUCAUGUCGUGUGUACAUUACGUCUAGUUAUAACAAUGAUGAAGAGAAAGAGUGCACAACUACUUAUUACCAUCGGGAAAGUGAUCCUCGAGUAGUAUGCUCUUGCAAACUUUAUGAAUGUGAAGGCAUCCCAUGUUCUCAUUUAUUUAAUGUAAUGAAGCAUGAGCGCAUGAGGGAGAUACCUUUGUCCUUAGUAUUAAAGCGGUGGACAAAGCAAGCAAAAUCUGAAGUUCACUCCACAGUUCCCAAGGAAAAUAUGCCUAGUGAAGCUGUACGAUUGGCCAGGGACAUAAACAUCCUUGUUAAUAUCAGUGAUAUAUUUUUUUUUAUUUCAUAUAAUAAGUUAAUGUAAUGAAAGAUCUCUUUUUGUACAGAAACUUCUUUUUUUUUGGUUAAUUCUUGUGUUAAUGCAUUGCAGGCAUGGAGAUUUAAGUUAUUUAAGUAGCAGGGUAUCAUAUCUUGCUUCACAGACAAAGGAGGGUACCGACAUUUUGAAGAAAGAACUCAGCAGAUUGGAGCCGAUACUUGGAGAUGUUUUGAAGCAACAAAAAGAUGUAGGUGAUAGUCCAGAUCCAUGUAAUAACAUUGUAAGAGAUCCUAUCAGGGUAAGGAGCAAGGGCAUGCAAGGAAGCAAUGAACCAAAAACAAAGCCAAAAUGUCGUUUAUGCAGAAGCUAUGGACACAAUAAAACUACAUGCCCACAGAAGAAUAGGGUACGUGGCAGAGUUAGAGUUGUGGCAAAAAAUAAACCCAAACUUCGACGGCUCAGUGAUAUUGAAGAUUGAGGCACGUUGUAAAUUCUAUCAUAGGAGCAAUUGUCAUUGUUGUUAUUAUUUUUCUUUUUUCCCCUCACUUGACCUAUAUUUUGUUGGUUUGA